GAAGGGGAAGAUAGACCCAGAAUUGUCUCGUCACCUUGGAGGGCCAUAUCACUUGUUUCCAUUUGCAUCUCGUGUUAUUGGAACGUUGAUGCUGCAAUGGACUGGACUACCAAUCAAUUGCUCGAGGCAACAAAUCGCAGGUGACUCGUACAAAGGAAAUAGGCUAAACUGGUUAGGACUAGCUAGUAGCAUCAGAAGUCUCAUCAAUGUUACCCGGCGUAGCCUUGUCUAGAGAUGGCCGAGAACGGUCUACCUAGGUCGGAUCAGGCUGAGAGUUCAUGGGCCUCAACAUUCAUCCGUCAUGUGACAAGACCUUGUUCGAGAGCAAAGGCGUUCUGAGUCGUCAGACAAUCCACAGGAGAUCAUGUCUUUGAGUCACUAUGUGGCUGGCGGAGCCCUCUGUUCGGCAUCGAUACGGGAACGCAGAUUGGAAUGGAGCGACCUGGCGUCACAGUAUUCUCAGGCUCGCCAUAACCUCCAAGCGUGCCUUGCUUGCAGAGACUUGGAGCCUACAGAGGUCUCAAAAACAGGUCACUACUUGGAUCUUGACAUAACCCUUGCCGAGUUGCGACACACGGCGGCCCAUGGUUGUCGACGGUGUCAAAUUCUACUGGAGGGACUGAGUCAUUUUGUGUCCUGCUGGGAGGGUCCUGAAGAUGAGGAUGGCGAAAUUCCAGCCGAGGAGGAGAUCGAAAUUGCUCUCACGCCCUACGUUGAUGCGCUGUUGGAGAUGAGGAUCGCAUGGCCUGUCCUCCCACAGCCUCGAGGGCCAGGCAGCAGAUACAGUCACAUCGAUCUCGAGUUUUACUGUCAUGCGGGUGAGGAUGCACCGUUUCCCGAAUUUCGUCAGGCGUCGGAGAUCCCGAGGCAUUCUAACUGCGAUGUCUCUUUUUCCGUCAUCCAGAAAUGGAUCGAGUCUUGCUUGUCGGAGCAUGAUUUAUGUAAUGCGGAUGAUGCAUCUGCAAAAAUGCCGACCAGGGUGCUCGAGAUUGGAAACGCGACAGAAUCAAAUGUCGUACGAUUGACGUCGAAACCUCGACCAGGCGCCAAAUACGCAGCUUUGAGCCAUUCGUGGGGCGAAUCGAAGCGGCGGCUCAAACAAGUCCCAAAGACGAAGAAAGACAACAUCAGGUCGCGCGAGCAAGGUAUAGCGUGGUCCGAAUUGACCAAGACGUUCCAAGAUGCUGUCCUGAUCGCCCGCAGGCUGGGCCUGGACUAUCUCUGGAUAGACGCUCUGUGCAUCAUCCAAGAUUUUGAUGACGACUGGGCAAUGGAAGCUUCACGCAUGGCGGCCAUAUAUGGGAAUGCCCACGUUGUGAUUUCAGCCACCAGGUCCGAGACGGGAGACGGAGGGUGCUUCGCUGACAGGCCUUCUAGUUUCCGGGUGCCGUCCACCACUGACGAUACGACGGGGACGACGGGUACGACGACAUGUGUCCACGUGAGGGAGAGACCACCUCACAGAGAUUUGGACAAUGGCAGAGCGUCCAUCUUUGCGCGCUCACCGCUCCUAGACCGAGCGUGGAUCUAUCAAGAACGCCUCCUCGCGAAGAGGGUCGUCCACUACGUGGAACACGAGAUCAUGUGGGAAUGCAGAACGUGCGUCUGGUGUGAGUGCAAGGGCCACAACGACCGCAACUUCAAGUACAACCUCGCCGCCUUGCUGCACGACAAGGACAACGUCCCGCGAAGAUACCUGGAGUGGUCGCUGAUCGUGAAUCGGUACACGGCGCGUUCACUCUUUGCGGACGCCGACCGCCUCCCCGCUUUGUCCGGCAUCGCAGGUCGCUUCCACCUCCCCGGGAUGGGGAGGUACCUGGCAGGCCUCUGGGAGAAUUCCAUGCCGGAGUCUCUGGCCUGGGGAGCAUCCCGCGGCGGCGUCGGCACACGUAAGAUGCGAAGACCCCGCGAGUAUCGAGCACCGACCUGGAGUUGGGCGUCCGUCGAGGCCGCAUUUGGCAUGUACAUACCAGACGAGGACGACCCUCCUGGGUACACGUGCAAGGUCAUUGCGGCAGAGUGCAUACUCAAGAGUCCCGAUCCGUACGGUCAAAUCGUGGAUGGGCAUCUCGCGCUGUCGGGACUUUCUUUCAAGACCACUCUGGAGUACCGAUAUGAUGAUUUGAGGUUGAACCAGAUUCCUCCCAAGUACGUUUUACGUCCGGGAGACGAGCUGUUUUUUGACCUAGAUGAGGACGUCCCUUUGGAUGAUCCACACUCACCAGAUCACGUCCCGGAGGGUACACCCUUGCUCGUGCUUAUCCUCGUUGGAAACAACGAUUUUGUCAGGAGUGCCGGUCGUCAGGACAGUUCAAGGGAUGACUAUUUUCAGGGCCUCGCGUUGAGACGUUCAGUUCGGUGUGAAGGCGCCUACGAGAGGGUUGGAAGGGUCAAUGGACAGAUGAAUGCUGUUGUGGAGGGCACAUUGCGGGAAAUCGAGGUCAAAAUCGUAUGAGGCUUGGAUACCACCAUGAGCAAGCUUACCUGGCUUGAAGCAUCGGGACAAUAGGUGUACUUUGAACAGACAAUAUGUGUAUAAAUUAUAAUGACGAUGAUGAUGUCCUGUAACACUGCUGGUGUAUGUUUAUAAUCUACAGAGUUAUAUCUCUUACUCCGUAGGUACCUAGGUAUGUUC